AGAUAGACAUAGAGAUUAAUGGUUUAAUUUCUGUAGGGCUUUUAAUUAAAUAUUUUUGUGUGAAUAUUUUAUAGCGGUAAUCAAAUAUUAAUGUUCACUUAGCUUAUGAAUUUGCAUAUUUAUUGUAAUCCAGUCAAUCAAGUCAUGUCAUGCGGAGAAGACCAACGUUGUGAAAACCGCCGGUUACUCGACCUCUUCUGCUCGUACUCGACGCAGAUUUCUGAACGCGAAGCUAAACUUUUUGCUAUCGAGUUGUUUCCACAGUGUUCGGGCGUUUUCGCGUAAGGUACUGUCACUAUGUCGACGACCCUGAUGCAUAGGGUCAUUGCCACGGCCCUAAAACGCCGAUCUGGGCCCAUUCGGACAAGAUGGCAGUGUGUUCGGACCCUGUAUGCCCGCCUGCCAGACACGCACGAGAUGCUGCAGAAGACCUGCCGGGAGUUUGCCGAGAAGGAGCUCAAGCCCAUUGCAGGCACACUGGACCGGGAGCAUCGGUACCCUCGAGAGCAGAUCCGCAGGCUCGGCGAGAUGGGGCUGAUGGCGGUGGCCGUGCCGACGGAGCUCGGAGGCGCGGGACUCGACUAUCUGGCAUAUGCCAUCGGCAUGGAGGAGAUCAGCCGCGGAUGCGCCUCUACUGGGGUCGUCAUGAGCGUCAACAAUUCCCUGUUCCUGGGUGCCGUCCUUAAGUAUGGCUCCGAAGCACAGAAGGAGAAGUUUAUUCGUCCAUUCACCACUGGGGAGAGGGUUGGCUGCUUUGCCCUCUCAGAGCCUGGGAACGGUAGUGACGCUGGAGCAGCCUCCACGACAGCGGUACUGGAAGGAGACCACUACCGGAUCAAUGGAACCAAAGCUUGGAUUACUUCGGCUCACGAGGGAGAGGCUGCCGUGGUGAUGGCGACAGUGGACAAGUCCAAGAAGCACAAGGGCAUCUCGGCCUUCCUGGUUCCGAUGCCGACCCAGGGGCUGACCCUGGGCAAGAAGGAGGAGAAGCUGGGGAUCCGGGCCUCGUCCACGUCCUACCUCAUCUUCGAAGACUGCCUCAUCCCGAAGGAGUACCGGCUCGGGGACGAGGGCAUGGGCUUCAAGAUCGCCAUGAGCGUGCUGGACUCCGGACGCAUUGGCAUUGCCGGCCAGGCCCUGGGGAUCGGUCAGGCGGCCCUGGAGUGUGCCCUGGAGUACUCCGGCAAGAGGCAGUCCUUUGGCCAGAGCCUCUACUCUUUCCAGGCAAUACAGAUGAAAUUGGCAGACAUGGAAGUGAGGCUACAAAGUGCUCGUCUGCUGACGUGGAGGGCUGCCAUGUUGAAGGACGCCGGGCUGAAGUUUACAAAGGAAGCUGCCAUGGCCAAACUUGCGGCUUCAGAAGCAGCCACCUACGUUUCGCAUCAGGCCAUUCAGAUACUGGGGGGCAUGGGGUACGUGACGGACAUGCCCGCGGAGCGCCACUACCGAGACGCGCGGAUCACCGAGAUCUACGAGGGCACCAGCGAAGUGCAGCGCUUGGUCAUCGCCAACAACCUGCUCAAGGAGUACGGCAUCGUUUGAGCGCGGGUCUCAUCCCUGGGUGUAGCAAGAAAGGGUUCGAACACAUUGUUGUCCUAUAGGAGCUGAGAACUUGUGGCUGUAUGAGAUGAGAAACGGGGUCUUACCGAGUAUGUGCAAGGGUUUUGAAGCUGUAAACUUGCUGCGAUGGCACGUGGAUCCAUACUGCUUGACUGUGAUGUCGGUGGGUGUAAGAUAGGAAUACUGGCUGCUUUGUGUCGAGUACAACCGAGCAAACGGGAAGAGGGAAAGAAGUGUGAUAGGGUUACUAUGAGUGAGAUGAAAUGGUACCGUGAUCUUCGUGGGCAGUUUAUUAUUUUACUUUUUUUCUUUUAGCAUCUUAAGGGAAUAACUUUACUUAUAUUUUGUUUUUGUUUUGUUUAACCACUUUCUCUUAUGAGUGUUGUACCUUCUGUAAUGCCCUUGCUGAUACAGAUCUCAAAGGUUAGAGGAAAUAAAUAAAUAAAUGAAUAUACUUGUAGUAUAACAUAUUGAUGGCACUGAUUUUUGAAUGGUUUGCAUCAAGCGAUAGAGUGCUAUAAAAAAAAAAAACAUUUUAGUAUCAUCCUUAGCAGAAAUGCAGUGCCUGGAUUGUGCUUGUUCAAUUGUUGUUUUAUGCAUUGUAUAGUGGGAAAUACUGGUAUUUAGCAGCCUCCCACUCGGAAGUGUUUUUUUGCCAUACCAGCACAGCAGGACUGCUAGUAUGUGUAUGUUUGUUGUUGAGAAUCGGCCACACAGAGCCACCAAGAAAUGUUUAUGGGUAAUAAAGUGUAGCAUCAA